AAACUUCCAUCUCACUUCAAAAUCUUCAUUAUCUCUCUCUCUCCUCUAUAACUCUCAACUUUCUCUCACUAGAAGUUUCUCAAAAAUCUCCAAAUCUAGAAAAUGGAUUCAGCAGCAGGAGGAAAGGGUAAGAAGGGAGCAGCAGGAAGGAAGGGCGGAGGCCCCAAGAAGAAGUCGGUUACUCGCUCCGUCAAAGCUGGGUUACAGUUUCCAGUCGGAAGAAUUGGGCGUUUCUUAAAGAAGGGUCGUUAUGCUCAGCGUGUUGGUUCUGGUGCUCCUGUUUACCUAGCCGCUGUUCUUGAGUACCUUGCUGCUGAGGUAUUGGAAUUGGCUGGAAAUGCUGCAAGGGACAACAAGAAGUCAAGGAUAAUCCCAAGGCACGUUCUUCUAGCAGUAAGGAACGAUGAUGAGCUCGGAAAAUUGCUAGCAGGAGUUACAAUUGCUCAUGGAGGAGUCCUACCAAACAUCAACCCAAUAUUGUUGCCAAAGAAGACAGCAGAAAAGGCUCCCAAGGAAGCCAAGCCUUCGACCAAGGCUGCCAAAUCCCCUAAGAAAGCAUAGGAUGUUUAUCGUUUCUGGUCCAAGUUAGAAAGAUGGAUGGUUUGUUGGGUUUUGAUUUACUGCAUUUUGUAUCUACUGUUAGUACGAGUUCUAGUUAGGGUUUUUAAUGAAAUAGGAAGGUUGUAUUAGUAAUGGGUUGAAUAGGAAUUGGAUCAAUAUCUGAUUGGUCUAUUUUCUGUAAUCAUAUGGUUAUUAAUCAAAAAUAUUUAUUUCUCCUA